ACGUAAAGUAAAACGCUACUCGAGUUAGUAGUCGAUACGUCGCGCGGGGAACAGUGUCUCGACUCGUAGUUUUUAUUUUAAGAAAAAUAAAUAUAGGCUGAAGUCUUCACAGCAAAAUGCCAAAUAUUAUAAACGAGGUUAAAUUAGACUUUAAGGAUGUGUUACUAAGACCGAAAAGAAGCACACUGAACAGCAGAAAUGACGUGGAUUUAUUCCGCGAGAUCACAUUCCGGAACUCUGGGCAGACGUACCGGGGCGUGCCCGUGAUGGCCAGCAACAUGGACACUGUUGGAACAUUCGAGAUGGCUCGGGAACUAUCCAAGCAUGGCCUAUUCACCUGCAUCCACAAGUAUUAUACACUAGAGGAAUGGAAGAAGUUCGCGGAGGAGCACUCGGAAUGCUUAGAACAAAUGGCCGCAAGUUCGGGCACAGCAGAAGCAGACUUCGACAGGCUGUCUGAGAUUCUGAAUAACGUGAAAGAGCUGAAAUUCGUCUGCCUGGACGUGGCCAACGGAUACUCGCAGCAUUUCGUUGAAUACGUGAGACGAGUUCGGGCUGCCUUCCCUAGACAUACCAUCAUCGCUGGCAACGUCGUGACUGGUGAAAUGGUAGAAGAACUUAUUUUAUCCGGCGCUGAUAUUAUUAAGGUGGGCAUAGGCCCAGGCUCUGUCUGCACAACUAGAAUAAAAACUGGAGUGGGCUAUCCGCAAUUAUCUGCUGUGAUCGAAUGUGCAGACGCCGCUCACGGUCUAAAGGGACAUAUUAUAUCGGACGGCGGCUGCACGUGCCCCGGCGAUGUAGCCAAAGCGUUCGGCGCAGGCGCAGACUUCGUGAUGGCGGGCGGCAUGUUCGCGGGGCACGACCAGUGCGGCGGCGAGGUGGUCACCAAGCCUGAUGGGAGGAAGGUCAAGCUGUUCUAUGGGAUGUCGUCAUCCACGGCGAUGCUGAAGCACUCUGGCGGGGUCGCGGAGUAUCGGUCUUCGGAAGGUAAGACGGUAGAAGUGGAAUAUAGAGGUGACGUAGGUGUGACAGUGAAGGAUAUCCUCGGCGGCCUCAGGUCCACCUGCACCUACGUGGGCGCCGCGAAGCUGCGGGAGCUGCCGCGAAGAGCCACGUUCAUCAGAUGUUGUAGGCAAGUAAACGACACCUUCUCUUAAAUUAUGCGCGCCUAGUACUUUACGCAGAUUUUUACUUGAUUUUAAUUUUUUCUUUUUUUUUCGUAUAGCGACUGUUAUUUUUAAGUUUUUUUUGGUUCCUAUAGUGAUAGUUAGUGAUCUGAUUUUUGAGACAAAAAAGAAUCUUCUAUGCCGAUAAUAUACUUGAUGUUAUUUUUGACAUGGUGCUAAAUUGUAACAAUAGUUUUGAUAUGUUUGUUUAUGAGACUAAUUGUAUCGUUUAUUGAUUAUUCUAUAGUUAUUAAGAUUUGCGAUAUUUAUUCUAAACGCAAUUAUGGCAGCCUUUGAAAUUGUUAAACACGUUUUAAACUAUAAACAAUAUAUACAUAUUGUAAUUUGUAUUGUAGAGCGUAAUAUCUGAAUGCUAUGUAGGCCUAGAAAUUAUAGAUAUAGAUAGCUGAAAUUUUCUAAAAUUAAAUUUUAAUAAUGUCCAUUAUAUAAUAGAAUUGUCAUAAACGUUAAAAUUCUGCUUUCAAAUUAAUUAUAGAACGUUAUUUAAUUUUUUAAUUGAGUUUCCUUUUUUGAAAAUCAUUUAUUUAUGUAUAAGGCGAAAGCACAAUUACUUAUUUUCGUUAAAAUUAGUUGAUAAGUUAUUUAAGAUGUGACAUUUAAAUGAUCAAACAAAAUAAAAGAAAUAAAUUA